UCCCCCAGCUGUUUCCUGUCUACAGUGUCUGUGUUUUGUAGAUAAAUGUGAGGAUUUUCUCUAAAUCCCUCUUCUGUUUGCUAAAUCUCACUGUCACUGCUAAAUUCAGAGCAGAUAGAGCCUGCGCAAUGGAAUAAAGUCCUCAAAAUUGAAAUGUGACAUUGCUCUCAACAUCUCCCAUCUCUCUGGAUUUCUUUUUGCCUCAUUAUUCCUGCUAAGCAAUUCAUUUCCAGACUUUGCACUUCAGAAGCAAUGGGAAAAAUCAGCAGUCUUCCAACCCAAUUAUUUAAGUGCUGCUUUUGUGAUUUCUUGAAGGUAAAGAUGCACAUCAUGUCCCCCUCUCAUCUCUUCUAUCUGGGCCUGUGCUUGCUCACCUUCACCAGCUCCGCCACAGCUGGACCAGAGACGCUCUGUGGGGCUGAGUUGGUGGACGCUCUUCAGUUCGUGUGUGGAGACAGGGGUUUUUAUUUCAACAAGCCCACGGGGUAUGGCUCCAGCAGUCGGAGGGCACCUCAGACAGGCAUCGUGGAUGAGUGCUGCUUCCGGAGCUGUGAUCUGAGGCGGCUAGAGAUGUACUGUGCACCCCUCAAGCCUGCCAAGUCUGCCCGCUCAGUCCGUGCUCAGCGCCACACUGACAUGCCCAAGGCUCAAAAGUAUCAUCCCCCAUCUACCACCAAGAAAACGAAGUCUCAGAGGAGAAGGAAAGGUGGGCCAAAGAAACACCCAGGAGGGGAGCAGAAGGUGGGGACGGAAGCAAGUCAGCAGAUGAAAGGAAAGAAGAAAGAGCAGAGAAGGGAGACUGGAGCUAGAAACUGAACACAGAGGCAAAAAAGGAAAAUGGAGGAGAGAAGGACUAAGCAGACAGAGGCAAGGACGAUGAGAGAGAAGCAGACAGCGAUAAAGAAAAGUGGGAAGUGCUAUAGAGGAAUGAAGAACAGUAGGCCUGGUGGAGCUAGAUAAUGAAUGUGAUGGAAGGAAGAGAAGUAACCUGUUGUAGAAUGUGGAUAACAAACAUGGAGACAAUGGAAAAGAAAAACGUAAUGCUCAAGGAAGUCCAAAGAAAGACAGUGGCAAGAAUGAAAAAAGAACAAAAAUUAUAAAAAAGGCAAAUAAGACACUACAUUCCCCUCCCCCCAAAAACAAAUGAGAGUUAAAGAAUUAAGACAAAAUUCAAGGCUUUUCCAUGUAUUUUAAAAUCUUGUGUGAAGCUAUUAUAGAAGAAUUGCCCAUGUCAAUGUAUGUCCAGAGUUAAAUAUUAGCCCAAAAUUCUCAGCAAGACUGAAUUGUGUCAUAGAAGUUCCCAGAUUUUCUUUCCUGCAGUGUCAUUGGAGGCUGCAUUUCUUAGUCAAGUCCAGGUUGAGGCCAAAGGGCAUCCAGUAUUUGCUUAAAGGCCUAUGAGGCCUGUGGGGUAACCUGUA